GUAAUUAAUAAUGUGUCUGGCACAUGCUGGCAGCAAACUGUUGCCUUAUUCAGCCUAAAUGGAUUUUAUAGCACGGACGUUUCCACAAUGACAAAACGUGGUUUAGUGGUUGAGCUUCUGAUUAAUAACAAACUGUUUCUCUUGUAAACCCUGAAUUAUUUAUUCAUUGUGAGCGUGGCUCUUAGGAGGAUUAACAUGGAACGUGUCUUUAUUCAGCUUUAAUAACUAACAUGUGGUGUGAAAGGUAAGAGUGGAUUUUACACAAAUGUCUCACAUUUCACCUCAUUUCCUUGGUUUUAUUCUGGACUCACAUUUUCCCUGAAGACAGCAGGGUCAGAGUUGCCAUGGAGAUAAGGACAUUCUCCCAAAAGUCGCCUAGAACCGACGUACAUAGCCAGCUUUAGAAAUGAGGCCCUGGUCUGACCUUUCUUCAGUCCCUGUCUGGUUUUGGUCGCGAGGCGGCGCCACCCUCACAGGAACCGGCAGGUUUCCGAGCGCGCGCUGACGCAGCACUGUGGCUGUGCACGUGACCAGCCACUGACCAAUGGGAUGUGUGUAUGUAAAUAAUGUGUGCGCUCUGGUGGAACUGAGCUCCACGCCGGUCAGACGCGGAGUGUGUCGGGACCAGGAGAGCUCAGAACCCGCUGCGGAUCCGGAACUACCCCGAACAAACCGCCUGCACGUGCAACAUGACUUUAGAAGAAACGGGAGGAGACAACUCUGCAGAAAGGAUGGACUCGGUGUGUAAAGCUUUAGAGGAGGUCCUGAGCUCCGCGUUGCCUCGCGGUUGCAUCACUGUCGGAGUUUACGAGGCUGCAAAGUCCCUGAACGCGGAUCCAGACAACGUGGUGCUGUGUCUGCUGGCCACGGAUGAUGAAGAGGAUGUGGCUCUGCAGAUCCACUUCACACUGAUUCAGGCUUUCUGCUGCGAGAACGACAUCAGCAUCCUGCGAGUGGGCAACAUGCGGCGUCUGGCGGAGAUCCUGGGUGGGAUGAAGCCUGGAGGGGAGCCCCUGGACCUGCACUGUGUUCUGGUUACUAGUCCUCAGCCGUCGCUGUGGAAGGACCCUGCACUGAGCAAAGUGAGCAGAUUCUGCAGAGACAGCCGCUGUUUGGAUCAGUGGGUGCCCGUCAUCAACCUCCCUGAUCGAUGAGACCGUCUGGAGUGUCUGUGUAACGUGUUCAUUCAGGGGAAAGUUACCACAGGGCCCCUGUCCAUGUCUGUGUGGACUCGUUCAAGAAGCACCCCGACGGGAGAGUCAGGGGGCAUCACCGGUAUCAGGGAAGAGAAACAACGUCGGCAGGUCAGGGCGGACCAAGUGGAGAGACUCAGCAGUCUGACUCCUGGAUCUCCUGACUGCAGCUCUCUGCUGAGGAAGCGCGUGAGCUGCUGGUGAGCAAGAGAACAGGGACAACUCCAAGAACUGGACCACACUGGGGCUGGACCAGUCCACCCUCAGCCUGAACAACUUCUGAAAAUUUGAGCUAAAACAAGCACAUUUAUUUAAAACUUGUCACUUUGAUAUCUGAAAAGGGAAAAAUGAACUUUAUUAUUCUUAUUAUCUUUAGAGGUGAAAUGUUGGGACUUGUCCUCUAACUGAUGUUUUAUUUGUUUUUAAUUUAAUGAAUAUUUAUUGUGUAGCUGGCUGGGUUCUGCUUUGUUAAGUUGAAUGAAAUAAACAGAAGCAACAGUU